AUGCGUACGGACUUGAGGUAUUAUAAACAACCUCAGAUUGGUGGAGAAGGGCGUCCUGCCUCUUCAGAGGGGAAUAGGAAUACGAAGGAGGAGGAUCCUACCAGGGUGACGAGCAUGAGAUUCGCCCAGAAUGAGGCUGCUAAGUCGAGAGACCCUAGGAAGAACGAGGAUAAUGGUCACUGCAAGCGGCAAGACGGCGACAAAGAAGGACGUUGUGGUAACGAAAGGAAUGGCAGAAACUCUUCUGGGUGUUCAGUAGAUCAAAGUGUUUUCGAAAAUGGACCACUAGCUGUCGAUAAUUUCGUUGGUGAUAUUACUUACUACACCUGUGGUGUCAAAAGAGGCAAGCAGAUCAGACACUGUAUGAGAGAUGAAACGAUCAGGCCAAUCAGCGAAAGUGGCAAAAUCGGGACCGCAGAUUACCUCUCACCAGGCAUUGUCACGACAUUGGAAAUACGAGCGGGCCAUACCAGAUUCCUUCAGACACUUAGCGGACUCAGAGUCAUUAGUUGA